UUUUUUAUUUUUUAUUUUACUGUAUUAAACUCUGGUAUAUAUUACGUUAAAAUAUAAAUUUUCAAUUUUUUAGUGUCUGUACUCUAGUGUGUAGUUUGUUAACUGUUAAUAUUAAACAACUGUGUUACAAAUCCAAACUGUAUUUUAAUUUUUAUAAAAGGAAAUACUGUGUUUUCAAAAUGAGUAGCAAAGUGGUAAACGAGAGUAGCAUGUUCUAUAUUGACUUUUGUCCAAACUGUUCAAAUAUUCUUCACCUAGACGAGUAUAUGGGUGAGAUGAGACAAAAAUGUCAAGUGUGUCCAUACUUCUCAGCAAUCAAAAAUGUCAUGCUUGCUUCCCGAUCAUUUUACAAACUAAAAGAAAUAGACUCAGUUUUGGGAGGCAAAGCUGCAUGGGAAAAUGUGGAUUCAAUUGAUGUAGUUUGUAAUGCAUGUAAUCAUGGUAGAGCAUACUUUUUACAAGUUCAAACUAGAUCAGCAGAUGAACCUAUGACUGUUUUCUAUAAAUGCUGUAACUGUGGACAUAGAUGGCGAGAAUAAAUUAUUGUAAAAAAAACAUAUAUGUAUAUAUAUAUUUUAAUACCUUUUUUAUUAUUUAGAUUUUAAAAAAAUACUUAAUUAUUAUUGUAAUAGUAUAAUAAAAUAAAUAACACAUAGUUCAUAAUUUUAAAA